UUUGACUAAUAUUUCAUUCGAUCCCUGGAUAGCUUAGAAAACGAUCAAAAUGCUGGACGGUGAAUCCCAGGACAAUGGUUUUGUGGAAACAGAACAAAGACCUAAUGGUGGCGGCGAUGAAGGCGACGCACUGGGUAGCCAUGAAUCUUCGCAGUCGCGUCGUUAUGCCAAAAUGCCCGUGGAUAAAAACGCUCCUUAUUACAACAUGAAUCAUAAGUAUCGUGGUAUGGCGAUUAUUUUUAAUCACGAACACUUCGAUAUUCACAGCCUGAAGUCACGCACUGGCACUAACGUCGACAGUGACAAUCUUGCCAAAGUUCUCAAGGGUUUGGGCUUCCGCGUUACCGUGUUGACUAACUUAAAGUCUGAAGAAAUUUUGAAAUACGUCCAGCAAACAGCGGAUAUGGACCACUCAGACAGUGACUGCCUACUUAUUGCUGUGCUAACACAUGGAGAGCUGGGAAUGUUGUAUGCUAAAGAUACACAUUCCAAGCCAGAAAACUUGUGGUAUUACUUCACUGGUGAUAAGUGUCCAACACUUGCCGGAAAGCCUAAGCUGUUUUUUAUUCAAGCUUGCCAGGGCGAUAAAUUGGAUGGUGGUGUAACUCUAAGCCGCACUGAGACAGAUGGCUCACCCUCUACUUCAUACAAAAUUCCUGUGCAUGCAGACUUUUUGAUUGUGUUCUCCACCGUGCCUGGAUACUACUCUUGGAGGAACACAACUCGUGGUUCUUGGUUUAUGCAAGCAUUGUGUGAAGAGUUACGCUAUGCAGGAACUGAAAGGGAUAUCUUAACACUGCUUACUUUUGUUUGUCAGAGAGUUGCACUUGAUUUUGAAUCGAACACUCCAGAUCUGAUGCCAAUGCACCAGCAGAAGCAGGUUCCUUGCAUCACAAGCAUGCUCACUCGUCUACUUGUAUUUGGUAAAAAGUAAUAAUGUUGGUUAAGUUCUUGAUCUUAUACCUAUGUUAGGUAUUCAAUUGUCUUGAUAGUUUAAGUUUUUUAUAAUAAAUAAAAUUUAGUGAACAAUUCCUGAUUACCUAAGUAGAAAAUAAUGUUCCAUGACAGUUGAACAAAUGUUUGUUAGUUAAAUGCAUUAUUCUUGUGAGAUUAGAUCUGGAUUUCUUUGUUUGAAGAAAUUUGUAUUUACAUGUAAGGUCAAAGUUGCCAUAGACAAGGGCAAAGUCUUUUUGUUGUGCUUGUAAUAGAAAACAAUGAAAUUAGAUUUUAUAUUAUUUUCUUUUUAUUCAUUUCGUUUACUAAAUUUUGCUCAAAAUUUAAUAAGUGUGAUAAUAUUAAUGAUAAAAUGUGAUUCAAUUACUACAUGAUACAUAAAUUGUAUUUGUAAUUCCAGUUGAAAUAUUAUGUCAGUGUGUACUUAAAUAAUGAAACAUGCAUUUAAUAAAAGAACAAUUAUACAUUAAUGUUACAUAUCAAAGUGUCAAAUACUAUUAAACUAUUGCAUCAUAUUUUGUGAACCUAAGAGUUAAUAAUUUCAUUAGAUUUUUAGUUUAAUUCCAGUUUUGUUAUGUUUAAUGUUUUUGCAUUAUUCUUGUCAUUAAUAGAAAAGUUCUUCUUUUAUCUUUAAAAGCAUUUAUUGUUGUAUUAGUUUUUAGUUCUCAUUUUCUCAAAAUCCUGGGCAAUAGUUAAUUAUGUUUAUUUUUACAAUUUUUGGUGGUUGUAUGAACAGUGCCCAUGUUGCAUGCCAGUGUGUCAUAGUAAAUUAUCUGUAUGAAGUAAACAUACUUUGCUUUGUUAAGCUUAAAAUAGUUGUAAAACAUGAAACAUUUAGAUUGAAAUUGUGAUAAAGGCGCAUUAUUGACUGAUCUAAAUAAGAUUGUAUAGGAUACAAAGUGUCUGUGAGGAGUUAUUAACUAUGUAUCGUAACAGCUACAUUAAAAAUAUUCAUAGUGUACUAAAAUUAUUGUGCCUUGUUAGUUCAACAUUUUGAAAAUAUAGAUUUUGUCAUAAUUUUGAUGAUGUUCAAAUAAUAAUCUCCUCAUAGAAUUUUGGUGUGAUGAAAUGGAUUGUAUUUUUAUAAAUGCUUAUUAAAGUAAACUAUAAGCAAUAAAUUUCUUCAAAUUUCAA